AUGAGAUUCUUCUCAACCAUCCUUGAGGCCCUCAACCACCAUGCUAUUCAGACUCCUGACAAGGUCGUCUUUACAUGGGUUAACAACAAAUGUGAGGAGCAAAACAAGAUGACAUUCAAGCAGCUGGAAAAUGAAUCCAAUGCCGUGGCGGCUCGUCUGCUCAAAUUGGGAUGUAAGAAAGGAGAUCGUGUCAUGGUGGCAUACCCUUUCGGCCUCGAGUUUUUGGCGGGCAUGUUCGGUGCUAUGAAGAUCGGGGUCAUCCCUUGUUCCAUCUAUCCGCCCAAUCCCAAUCAGCUCAAAAUAGAUAUGCCCAAGUUCCGCGGAUUUGCUGAGGAUGCUGGAGCCAAGUUUGCUCUAUCCACCAAUAAAUUUGUUGCUGGCAUGACCGCAGCUAGUGUCCUCUACAAGACUGGGGUCACAUGGAUUGGAACAGACAAACUGUCAAUCAAGAAGAGCAGCCCCCAAAGGCCCAAAAAUUACGAAAAAUUUGUAGGAGAGCCAGAAGAUAUAUGUUUUAUCCAGUACACGUCAGGCAGUACUGGACGUCCGAAAGGAGUCAUGAUCAGCCACAACAACCUAGCUGAGAAUUGCAGGGCUGUUGGCACUUCCCUCCAGCUUACUUCUACUUCACUGACUGCAUCAUGGGUGCCUCAAUAUCAUGAUAUGGGACUUGUGGGUGGCUUCAUGUCAACCCUGUAUUCUGGUGCGAUCCUUGUCAUGGCUUCGCCUCUGGACUUUCUAUCCAAACCAAUUCUUUGGGCCGAUUUGAUUGAGAAAUAUCGGGCAUCGCAUACAUGUGCCCCUAACUUUGCAUACGCCUUGCUCGUAAAGAAACUAAAGAAAGCCAACAGGACAGCUGACUGGAGUUGCUUGCAGUUUGCUGGGUUUGGUGCGGAACCUACCCAGAAAAGUGUCGUUGAGGAUGUGGCAAAGACUCUAUCGGUCAGGCCAGGAAAUGUUUGUAACCUCUAUGGCCUUGCAGAGUCAGUUGUGUGGCUUACAGGUGGACCUGCCAUUCCAGACUCUGAAGGUCUCGUCUGCUGUGGAGAAGUCGACUCACCAACCCUCAAGCUCCGAAUUGUACAGGAUGGAAAAGAGGUUGAUGAUGGACAAGUUGGAAGUAUCUGGGCCCAGUCACCCCGAGUUGCUGCUGGAUACUAUGGUCAGUCUGAGCUAACCACCGCUACCUUUGCCAAUGUAUUGCCUGGCUAUGAUGGUACCUGGCUAGACACUGGUGAUUUGGGAAAGAUCAUGGAUGGACAGCUCUAUGUCACUGGAAGAGUCAAAGAUGUGAUCAUUAUCAAUGGAAAGAACUAUUACCCAACAGAUGUGGAGCUCUCUAUUGAUGAAGCUUUUGGUCACAUUAUCCGUCCAGGAAGGACCACUGCCUUUCAGCACGGAGAGGACAGUAUUGGCAUCACAGUAGAGGCUCGCAAAGGGUUUGACAAGUCAGCAAAUGCUGAUUUAGCAAUUCAAGUAUCCAACCAUGUAUCCCAGAUCCAUGGGCUGUUUGCCACUGAGGUUCUGGUCCUAAAAGUGGGCGUGACACCAAAGACCACAUCUGGCAAGCUGAAGAGGUGUGAGAUCCGGCAGACAACUAUGGCUGGUGGCUGGAAUGAGUCUUCUAUGUUUGUACAGUUCCAGCGAAAUGACCAAACAGUUCCCAUGGUGGACGACAACCGCAACAGACGACCAACACACCUAACAACUGCUCUCCAAGGAGGAAGUGAUGAAACUAUGCAUUGCUUCUCUACGAUUCUUGAGGCCCUCAACCAUCAUGCCAUUGAGACUCCCGACAAGGUUGUCCUGACUUGGGUGGAUAAGGAGUGUGAAGAGCAAAACAAAUUGACAUUCAAACAGCUAGAGGACCAAUCUAACGCCGUGGCUGCGCGUCUGCUUAAGCUUGGAUGCAAGAAAGGAGAUCGGGUCAUGGUGGCCUACCCCUUCGGCCUUGAGUUUUUGGCUGGCAUGUUUGGAGCGAUGAAGAUUGGAGUCAUCCCCUGCUCCAUCUAUCCACCCAAUCCCAAUCAGCUUAAGACAGAAAUGCCCAAGUUCCGCAGAUUCGCAGAGGAUGCUGGAGCAAAAUUUGCUCUCUCGACUAACAAUUUUGCUACUGGCAUGACCGCAGCUAGUGUCCUCUACAAGACUGGUGUUACAUGGAUUGGAACUGACAAACUUGCCAUCAAGAAACACAACCCAAACACUACGACAGCAUAUGAGAGAUUUUUGGGAGAACCCAACGAUAUCUGCUUCAUCCAAUACACAUCUGGCAGCACUGGGCACCCCAAAGGAGUUAUGGUCACUCACAACAAUCUAGUUGAGACCUGCACGGCUGGCAUUUCCUUGACUGAUUUAAAUAUUGCGUCUGUGGCAGCUCUUUGGGUCCCACAAUAUCAUGACAUGGGGCUUACAGGAUUUAUGUCCUGCCUCUAUACUGCCAGUCAACUGGUUGUGGCAUCACCACUAGACUUUAUUGCCAAACCACUGCUGUGGACUGAUAUGGUGGAGAAAUACAAAGCUACCCAUACGUCAGCACCCAACUUCGCCUAUGCCCUGCUCCUCAAGCGGUUGGAGCAAGCAAACAGAAAAUCCCACUGGAGUUGCAUGAAGGCGGCGAUGUUCGGAGGUGAACCAGCACAAAGCCAUGUUGUGGAAGCGGUAGCAAAGACCCUCUCCAUCAAGCCUGAGCAUGUCUACAAUAUCUAUGGCAUGGCUGAAAUGGUGGUCUUUGUCACAGGGGGGCCAGCCAAAAUACACUGUGAAGAAGGGCUUGUGUCUUGUGGCAAAGUAGAUUCCCCAAGUCUCAAGAUCCGAAUUGUUCAGGAUGGACAAGAGGUUGUUGAGGAUGGUGAGGUGGGAUCCAUCUGGACUCAAUCACCACGGGUGGCAGCUGGGUAUUAUGGCCAAUCAAAGCUCACUUCCUCUACAUUUGCCAAUGCUUUGGCCAGCUAUGAUGGCACCUGGUUGGACACUGGUGAUUUGGGAAAGAUUGUGGAUGGACAGCUCUAUGUGACUGGAAGAGUCAAAGAUGUGAUCAUUGUCAAUGGAAAGAAUUACUACCCAACUGAUGUGGAGCUCUCUAUUGAUGAAGCUUUUGGUGACAUUAUCCGUCCAGGCAGAACCACUGCAUUCCAGCACGGGGAGGACAGCGUUGGAAUCACUGUGGAGGCGCGAAAGGGCUUUGAAAAGGCAGUAAAUCAAGAUUUGGCUGUCCAAAUAGCCAACCAUGUUUCUAGAUUUCAUGGAUUGUAUGCUACAGAGGUUCUGGUCCUGAAACUGGGUGUGACACCAAAGACCACAUCUGGCAAGCUGAAGAGGAGUGAAAUCAAGCAUACUACUAUUGCUGGUGACUGGAAGGAGCCUUCCAUACUAGUUCAAUUCCAGCGGAACGAAGUUGCUGCUCGUGAGUUUGACAUAUCAGAAAGAACCAAAAGUGAGAUCAUGCAGCAGUCAGUAAGGUCACCUCAUGGCAUGGCAUGGGGAACCAGUAUUGAUGAUUCCAUUGCAGAACCUGGAUCGUCCCUUCAGGAAAAAGAUGAAAGUGUGGACACUUUUCCAUCCAGGUUCAGCAUUCUCCUCUCGUCUGUUCUUGGGGGUGGUGUAGACACAUGCAGGACAUGGGCUGAGAAUGGACUCACAUCUCUCAAAAGCGCCGAACUGAGGAACUCGGUGGAGGAAGAGUUCCAUGUUUCACUUCCUACCGACUUUGAACAGCAAUAUCCUACCCCAACAGCACUUGCAGAUUUCUUAGUGUCUUCAGAAGGCCAAAGCUUCCCUGAGGAUGCCAUUGGCAACCAUGAGUUUGAGUGGCAUACUUCCAGGUCAAAAUGCAGCAAGCUCCAACUCGGCAUUGCUCAGGCACUUGGAUCCUUUGUGAUACUGUCCUUGUUCUUGCUUUCAUUUAUUCCGUCCUACUACCUGGGAUCAUGGGUAUUGGAUCAGUGUGACUCAGAUGGUGUCCAAGAAUGCAAUUUCCCCUUCAUUGGGAUUAUUCUACCCCUGCUAUUUCCAUUGUUCAUUCUAUCCUUCUCAGUGAUAGUGGUGCUUUGUAAGCAUGCUGUGGUAGGAUGUUAUGAACCCCGACAGUUAGACUUGUUGUCAUGGAAGUACAUCCGAUGGUGGUUUGUUGACAGACUCCUGGAAAUCUGGGAGUCACUCUUGGGACAUUUUGUUGUGGAUUCAAGAUACAUCUGGAUCUUCUAUUGGCUCCUUGGUGCAGAUUUGGCAUGGUCUGCCAAGAUCAACUCCUAUAUCCGGGAAUUCGACCUUGUCAAAGUCGGCGAGAAUGCCACAAUUGGGCACCCCCUUAAAUGCAGAAAAUUUUCCCAGCAUAGCGAUGGGAGUACAAAGUUGACCUUCCGGCCAAUUGUGGUGGGCAAGAACUGCCAGAUUUCUGGCAUGGUCAGUCCAGGAGUCAAGAUUGGAGAAGGCAGCAAGGUGGACAAAUUGACUGCUGUGAAAGAAGGUGCUGUAAUCCCGAAUGGUGUCCUUGCCAGAGGAGUCCCAGCAUACAAUGCUGGACUCCACAUACAAAGAGAUCCAAAGUCGCAAGAGGAUUCUCUUUUGGGCAGUUUCAAGAUCGCAUGGAGGCUGCUUGAAGUAUACUACUUUUUUGCACUCUAUUACUUGGUCCACACCCUGCUGCUUCUGGUCUUGCCUGCAUGGCGCUAUGCCACAAUUCUCCAUUGGUUCCUGCUAAUUCCGGCUUCCUCUUCUCUUGCUCUCCUUACAAGCAUUCCUCUCAAAUGGCUUCUUAUUGGAAAGCGGGAUCCAGCAGAUGCAUAUGAAGCAACCCUCUGGCGCCGAGCAACCAAUUGGGCAUGUGACUUCCACUUCCGUGUGGCUGCUUUACCCAUCACUCCAUUCAUUGGCCAGUCGCGGCUUUGGAGUGUCAUUCUUUUCCUCCAUGGUCUUGAUGUUGACAUGGCAUCAGUGCUCAACAUCAACCCAUACACCAAGUUGUCUCCCUCGAGGGUUGACUUUGUCAAGAUCCGCAAGUCAUUCGUAGCGACCAUCACAUUUGAGUUUGAUUGCAAAGCUGAUUCGAAGAUUGAGAUCGUCAAUAGCAGCGUUGGCUAUCAUGUAAAUGUUCACUCUGGUGUCAAGAUAGUGCGAUCAAUGAUUCCACCAAGGACUGAUUUGUUGGACAGCAUCUAUGAUGUAAAUGAAGCAUCGCAAAAUUUGAACUUAUCCAUCCUCAUGAACAUCAUUCUUCCAGAGUUAUCUCAACAAGUGCUCAACGCGGUUCUCUUUGCAAGCCUCAUACCUUCCUAUGAGAUUGUUUAUUAUGCCACCCAAACUACAUCCUCAACUUGGAUUGCCAUGCCUUGUUUUGUUGCAGCUCUUUUCACACUGCUUCUCGUGUGGAUUCUUUCUGCCAGGACAGUUGAAUGGCUCAUGUUGAAGUUGCCCAGAAAUCUUCAACAAUGUCUGUUUGGAGUCUACAUCAAUCAUGUUUGGUUUUUCCGUAUUUGGAAUUUGCUGGAAGUUCUCCUUUCUGGUACUCCCAUGUUUGCCUAUUAUGCUCAAUUCAUGGGUGCUAAAGUGGAUGGUGAUCUCUGGUACUUUGGCAUUGCUCUCUAUGAAUAUGGGAAGAUGCACUUCCAGGGACGCACAGUUGUUGUGGACAGCUCUAGUCUGAAUGGCCACUACAUUGAUGGUAAUGGGCUUACCAUUGAUGAUGUCUGUGUGUCUGGUGUUCUUCAUCCUGGGUGCUUUGUUGUAGCUGGAUCCGUCCUGUCUGGGAAGGAGAAUGGCCCUGGGAAGGUAUUCUUGAGCAAUGUUGGUGAUGGCACUGGUGUCAUGGAGCAGCUGUAG